CGAGGCGGGACCCUCCGGUCCGGAAAACUGCUUGGGUCACGUGACACGCCGCAGACCAGUUAAAAGAGGCACCUCCUGGCCUCUCACUGCUGGUUCCGGGCGGUCCCUUAGCUUUCGGAUUAGCUGCGCCAUGUGUGCUGCUCGGCUAGCGGCGGCGGUGGCCGCCCAGUCGGUGUACGCCUUCUCGGCGCGACCGCUGGCCGGCGGGGAGCCUGUGAGCCUGGGUUCCCUGCGGGGCAAGGUGCUGCUUAUCGAGAAUGUGGCGUCCCUCUGAGGCACCACGGUCCGGGACUACACCCAGAUGAACGAGCUGCAGCGGCGCCUCGGGCCCCGGGGCCUUGUGGUGCUCGGCUUCCCGUGCAACCAGUUUGGACAUCAGGAGAACGCCAAGAACGAAGAGAUUUUGAAUUCCCUCAAGUAUGUCCGACCUGGUGGUGGGUUCGAGCCCAACUUCAUGCUCUUCGAGAAGUGCGAGGUGAAUGGUGCGGGGUCGCACCCUCUCUUCGCCUUCCUUCGGGAGGCCCUGCCAGCGCCCAGCGACGAUGCCACUGCACUCAUGACAGACCCCAAGCUCAUCACCUGGUCUCCGGUAUGCCGAAACGAUGUUGCAUGGAACUUUGAGAAGUUCCUGGUGGGCCCUGACGGUAUUCCUGUGCGCAGGUACAGUCGCCGCUUCCAGACCAUUGACAUCGAGCCUGACAUCGAAGCCCUGCUGUCCCAAGGGCCCAGCUGUGCCUAGGGCGCCCCUCCUACCCCAGCUGCCUGGCAGUUGCAGCACUGCUCUCUGGGGGAUUUUCAUCUAUGAGGGUGUUUCCUCUAAACCUACAAGGAGGAACACCUGAUCUUCCAGAAAAUACCCCCUAGAGAAUGGGCACUGGUCCUGUCCAUCCCAGUCUCUGCCAGACCAAGGCGAGUUUCCCCACUAAUAAAGUGCCAAGUGUUAGCAGAA